AUGGCGGGAGGAGGAGGCGGUGACGACCGGCAGCUAGAUGUGACUCCUACAUGGGCUGUCGCUGCGGUUUGUGCGGUUAUCGUUAUCAUUUCCAUACUCUUAGAGAAACUCAUACAUAAAUUUGCAACGGUGUUUGAAGAGAGAAAGAAACAUGCUCUUCUAGAAGCUCUUGAAAAGAUUAAAGCUGAGCUUAUGGUUUUGGGAUUUAUUUCAUUGCUAUUAACAUUUGGGCAAAACUACAUAUCAAAAGUGUGUAUUCCAAUGAAGUAUGGAAGAACAAUGUUGCCAUGUCUUCCCAUGCAUGAGAGGCCAGCUGGUCAUCCAACCGAACAGGCACUUGAGCCUCAUUCGACUGAUCACGAGCCUCCAGCGGCGGAACACGAGCUUACAACAACGGGGGAACAUGAGCCUACACCGACGAAACCGGCAGGGGAGGGUGAGCCUAAAGGUGAACAUCAUCGCAGGCUCUUAUCAUUUGAACGUAGGGUUCUCUCUGGUGGUGGCGGAGGGCCAGGAUGUAAGCCGGGGUAUUUGCCUCUUAUUUCGGUGAACGGGUUACAUCAGUUACAUAUUUUCAUUUUCUUCUUGGCUGUCUUCCAUGUGAUAUUCAGUGCCAUUACAAUGACACUUGGUAGAGCAAAGAUUAAAGGUUGGAAGGAAUGGGAAUCGGACCAUAUGGUCGACGAAGAUGCCUUGAAUGAUCCUAGAAGAUUCAGGCUUACUCAUGAGACAUCCUUUGUGAGGGAUCACAACAGUUUCUGGACAAAAACACCUGUUACCUUCUAUUUUGUAUGCUUCUUUCGUCAAUUUUUCAGAUCGGUUCGAAGGGCUGACUACUUAACAAUGCGACAUGGAUUUGUUUCUGUUCAUUUAGCACCUGGAAGUAAGUUCGAUUUUCAAAAAUAUAUCAAGAGGUCAUUAGAGGAUGACUUCAAGAUAGUUGUAGGAAUCAGUCCAAUACUAUGGGGAUCAGUGGUGUUAUUUUUGCUCGUAAAUGUCCAUGGUUGGCAUGCCGCAUUUUGGGUGUCUUUUCUCCCACUAGCAGUGAUUCUAGCUGUUGGAACAAAGCUUCAAGCAAUUAUUACUAGAAUGGCACUUGACAUAAAGGAAAGACAUGCAGUAGUGCAGGGGAUCCCUCUUGUACAAGUCUCUGACAAGUAUUUUUGGUUUGAAUGGCCUCAAUUAAGUCUUUAUCUCCUACAUUAUGUUCUCUUCCAGAAUGCAUUUGAGCUCACCUUUUUCUGGUGGACAUGGUACGAAUUUGGGUGGGCUUCUUGCUUUUAUGAGGAUGACAGUCUUAUGAUUAUAAGAGUUGCUCUUGGGUUGGGUGCUCAAUUUGUUUGCAGCUACGUCACACUUCCUCUCUACGCCCUAGUCACACAGAUGGGAUCAACGAUGAAGAGAUCGAUAUUCGAUGAACAAACAUCAAAGGCAUUGAAAAACUGGCGUAACAAAGCAAAAGGACGGAACCCGGAAACUCGAACACUAGGUGGUAAUCCAGUGGUGGCAGCGGUGGAAACACCGUUAGAAGGUGUAAACAUACACACAGAAACAGAAUUGCAGAAGCAUGGAACCACCGCAAAAGGAACCGGUGUGGGUGAUGAUGACUUUGAUAACCGUGACCUUCUAACUGGACCCUAAACCCUAAUUUGAAACUUUACAAAUAGUUGAUUUUGUAUUAUAAGAAUUAACAACUGAAAUUAGCAAUACUUAGAAUGAAUCAAAGUAGCAAUGGAAAACUGAAAUUGAAUUGUAUGUAAUUGUAAGUAAUUGUAAAUAAUUACCCGUUGAUGAAGCAUGGGUUCAACGGUUUUUUUGUUAAGAACAGUGUUCAUGAACUAUGAUGAUCAAAGAUGAAGCAGUGUUGUAUAAACACAAAUAAAUUAGAGUAGAAUUGCU